AUGUCUGAUAAAUCAGUGAAAGUGUUUGCGGUAGUCGAAUUUGAUGAGUGUAUUGGUGAUGAAAAAUCUGUUGAGUUGAUUCCCAUGAUUUGGCUAGCGGAGGAUGAAAUGUCAUGUCUCUGGACACCAGAGGAUGAAGGAAAAAACGUGCAAAAAUUAAUUGAGAAAAAAAUUGCACCCGGCUCUGACUGGCAACGGUUUCCUGUUCGAGUAAUAAGGAAAGCAAAAUCCUUCGAACAAGGGAUGCGACGACUGAAAAGAUCCUUUGAAACACCUGAUGUUGACAGUUCCGAAGCUGAAAAAAGAAGAAACGAUGAUCAAGUCAUCGUGAUGAGCUCUCAGAAUUUUGCUUCUGAGCUGAACACAAGCAGUCCUAUGAAACAUCAAAAAACAGCAAGCUCGGGCUGUAAAAAUAAAAGGAAAGAUAACGACGGAGAAAAUGCAUGCCCACCACCAAAAAAACCAAAAAUUGAUUUAACAUGUAUGAAUGAUCUCGGGCUAUUUCUAAAAUCUAUUAUUGAGAAAGAAGGUGAGAAAACAAGGCAAUUUCUUUCUCUUGCCAUCACUGAGCGUUAUAGGCAAGAACUAGCAAAUGCUAGGUCCACAGCCAAUAACCCAAAUAAUAGCGAAGCCUGGAAGAUUAUUGGAGAUGAUAUGCCUUUCUCUGAGCUUGGGAAAUUCGUAGAAUUCGAUCAAUCUUUGGAAAAAGAUGAAGAAAAAAAAAGUUCAUUGAUGGCGAUGUUCAAAAUGGUUACAGUUGGAUCUACAACUAAAGAACACGACGUUGCAACAAUUAUUAGUAAAGUUAUUAAAAAAGUUAUACAACUCGAAUACAGCGCGACUGGAAAGAGAAGUAAAGGAGUUGGAAAAAAAAGUUUCAAGGACACGGAAACGUUUAAAGUGAUGGACAAGUUUUUGUUGGCGAAGUACGCUAAUAGUGCUGGGAUAAUUUCCACAAUUACUGCGUUGAGUAAUUUUUUGUCGGGGGCCAAAGAUCGUGAGGGAGGCAGAGCUCACCGAGAUGAAAAUAGAAAAUAG